AUGCCCGAAGUUGAAGGUGGUGAAUCAUCAGACGACGUCUACCCGUUCCACGGCGUCGACGGCGAAAACAAUCCAAUCGGGCCGUGCGAUGCGUUCUGGAAACGCGUGUUAACGAAGAAGAUACGAAAAGAUGUUGACGAUGAUGAGAAUACUAAAGAAGGAAAACUCCUGUGGUAUCACCAAGGCGUGGAGUACUGGAAUCACGUCGAUGCAACCGUAGACGGCGUUUUAGGCGGGUUCGGAUCGGUUUCCGGAGCAGACGCGAAAGAAAACGAACGGAUUUUAAGAACGAUGAUGUACCCAGAGGGAGAGUUUAGUGAGAUUUUGGAGAAGAGAGCGCUGGAUGUCGGCGCCGGGGUAGGGAGAGUUUCGAGCACAUUCUUGACGAAGUUCUUCCGUUCGGUAGAUUUGCUGGAACCGGUGCAUCACUUCAUAGAAAAAGCCAAGGCGACGUUGAAGGAUAAGGUGCAAAACUAUUUCGAGGAAAGCUUGGAGGAGUUUAGCUUUGAAGAGGAUGGGAAGGCGCUCGCGGGGUACGACGUGAUUUGGAUUCAGUGGUGCAUAGGACAACUUUCCGACGCGGACUUUAUCGAUUUGUUGAAAAGAGCAAAGGUGAACGCCGAUGGAUUUAUAGUCGUGAAAGAGAAUAAUUGCUCGAAAGGGUUUCACUGGGACGACCAAGAUAGCAGCAUAACUCGAUCGGAUAACUAUUUCAGGUGGAUAUUUGAACAGGCUGGGAUGGAAGUCGUGAAUUCCAAGAUGUCCGACGUAUUUCCAAAGGAAUUAUUCGCGGUGAGAACGUACGUUUUAAAACGCUCCCCUCCAAAGAAGAAGAGCCAGUAA